AUGACAGAGCCGUUGUCUUCGUCUAGGCCUCGAAGAUCAGCUGGAGUCAAGGCUACACAAGCAUGGGCGACGUUGAUGCCCUCAAAGAAGUUCAACGAGUACGGAGAGCCGGAACAAUGUAAGAUAAUUAUUUUCUUGGGUACACUAACGUGUUUUGCGUUGUUUUUUGUUAGUAGCAUUUCAUUAGGCAAUGACGAAAACUUUAUCACGAAAAGUCUAAGUUUGAAUUCUUCGGAAUUUAAAUCUUGGACAGUGAUAUAUGACUAAUCUUCUCUCUGAGCCUUUGCGACUACAAUAGUUAUUUAAUAUAAUAAAAAAACACUUUUGUAGGGCCUUAUGUUAAGGAUGUAUUGUACUACAACAAACAGAAAAAUAUUUAUAAAUGUCAUUUUAGCACCACAACAAGAAAAGGUAUUGGAGAAGAAGUUGAUCAAAAGAGAAGUGGCUGAAAAGCCGCCAGUAGACGAGUCAGUUGUAAUUAAACAAGAGAAAGUAGCUAGUAAUACAGUAACAGUAGCUAGUGAUGGUAGGUAUGGGCAAGGAUUGUUAACCAAGCAAAGAUUGGAGGAUAUUGAGGUAGGUUUUAUAUUGUAAAAGUUAUAACAAGGAAUUUAAAAACUCGUUUUCCUGGAUUUAUAUUUUUAGGUGACACCCCAAUAUUUGUAAAAAAGUAUGAUAUAGCAUUGAUAAAGUUAUUGCCUUGUUUACAGAAAGAGAUGAACGAGACCUACAACAGUGAAAAGGAUACAGAAGAGUUUGAAUACGAACGUCACUCAACAAGAUCGUUCACUUACAGAGACGACGAAGACGAUGAAGAUUACAAUUAUGCCAAAGAGGUCGGUCAUCAAGCACCAUCGGACAGUACCAAGAAGAGAGGCCGACCUCUCGGGUCUAAGUCUACCUACACCAAGAGAAAGUCUGUAGAAAGAAGACCGAUUCCUGACUACAGUAGAGGGGGUAACAUCGUAUACCCGAGGUCUAUACGGCCGUUGGAGAACAGACCUAUCAAGAUUAUUAUGCGGUAAGUAUAAAUUGGUUUUGGCACUUUUAAGGUCUUGUUGCGAUAUAUACAGUAUGCUUUUGUAAAUUUAAUCUUUUUAGGCAAAACUUUAAUCGACCUCGCCAAACUUUCUUAUCAUCACAAGUUCAACAGCAACCUCAACCUAUUGUUCAAAGCACAACAUCUGCCAACACUAUGUCAUCCAUGGCCGUAUCAGCUAAGCGAGAAGUCGAUGAACUGUCAAAGAAGUAUGGUCAGAAGAUCGUAGCAGGAGAUUCUGUGGGGAAGUUCAACGACUUGAAUGCUACACUUUUGGAUCAGAUGAAGUUGAUCAGCGAAGACAGAAACCGACUGUACGCUAACUAUCAGGAGACUGUAGAGCAACUGAAUCUGGCACAUACUACUGCUUUGGAUCUUAAGGACAGCAGGUACGGUAGUUUAUAGGGUUUGGGUCGAAGAGCAAAUGGGUGGCUGGGAAGGUAAUAAGUAUGGUUUUAUGAUGUACUAUGAGUUACUUUGUUAACUUGUAAACGUUAAUAUUUAAAAUUGAUUGCAGCUGAAGUUGAUUAACAACAUUGUAGCUAAUUGUUUUUGUUGCAGGAUAAGACAGCUGGAGAAUCUGGUGAAUGAAUUGCAAGCCAAGAACUUUAAGCUGACAACUCAGUUGAACGAGGCUUACUGUCUCCACAAAGGUCAAACCAAGGUGGUCAAGGAUGGUGAGCCGGCUUCUAAAAUGGCCAGAGUCGGUCAAGAAUUAACGGACAGUCCCGAGGCAGCGGCGGAACGGGAAUCGCUUGAAGAAUUCGUGAGUUCUUAAGCGCUAUUAAUAUAGAAAGACUUAAAUUAAUAUAAAAAUGCUUUCUCAUUCUUUGCAGUGGUCAAGAAGUAAGUGGAAAAACAAAUACAAAAUAUACCAUAGAGAUUCUAUGCACUUUUGGACCAAAGUACUAUUACUUUCAAAGUAGUAUCUCGACUUUUACUUUUUAAAAGUAGAUUUUGCUGGAGAUUAAGCCCUGAGGAGAUUCGAAAAGAAUGAAAUUAAUCGUAGGAAACCAAAAUGGGGGGAAGAAGCCAGGUGCACGAAAGAAUGGGUAACAUAGAAACGGGUCCGUGGCAACGGGAACAAUGAUUUAAUCUGACUUUUCUUUUUCUAGAACCACGAGAACAGCACGGAGAUGGCGUGA